GCAGCUGCGUCGAGGAAGGAGGCAAAAGGAAGGGCGCUGAGGAGUCGACGGUCAGAGGCAAAGAAGACGACAUCGCUGCCUGGAGUUGAACUCAUUCCUGAUGAUGUUUUCUUGACAAACCCAUCGCUCAGGUUGAUGCCCAUCAGCGUGGUCUGGAUCGCUUACUCAAGCGACUCGACCCGCGCAUCCGUGCGGGCCGCCGCCUCUACCGAUGCUGCCUCUGGCUUGGCUGCAGAGUGGGGCAUCAAGGGCUUUGACACCAAGAACGUUCGCGCAGAGCGGAUGCGCCGACGGCAGGAGCGUCUGGCGUCGGCGGCCACCGCCUCGGUCACCGCCGCAGGCUCGCACCGAAAGGCCCGCCGCUCGCGUCUGCAAAUGCUCAUGGCUCGCGCAGUCGCCAUCGAGCGCGCAAAGCUCAACGCUCAUCCCGACUCGCUCACCGCCUCUUCCACUGCAAACGGUGGCGGCGGUGAGCUCGUCAACAACGACGAUGACGACGACGACGAAGACGGCGUCAAUGCGCACAGCGGCGACGCUGGCUGGCUCUCGGACUCGUCUUCCAGCUCCAACCGUGGUGAGGCAAGCGCGCCAGAUCCUGACAACAAUGCCGAUCCGGCAGAGUCCGAGGCCCGUCGCAUCGCCAAGAUCGAGCGCCACAAGCGCAAGCGUGCGCUUGGCCUCCGCCGCGCCGAGCGUCGCAAGCUCGUCCAGGCUGACUGGGACAUGGUUUUGAGUAAGGUCAUGUCUCAGGUUCGUUCGCGGUCGUCCCACCGCAGCCCCGAUGUGUACAAGCGCGGCGGCCGCCUGCUGGACAUCGACCGCCGCGGCGUCAAGCGCAUCGCCAUCCGCCCCAUGCACGCCCUCCCCUCCGCCGACGGCAUUCCACUCCCCAUCCAGCCUCCGCCUCCGGUCGGCCCAAAGGCCACCGCCGCCUCGGGUGCUGCACCCCCAGCUGUCCGCCGUAUCUACCUUGCGUCCACCGACGAGCUCGCCGAGAUCUUCACCUCUGACGCCCGCGACGAUCUCGCCAACUCUUCGCUCGCUGGCAUGUUCAUCAACUCGAACAACCUCGUCGGGGACUUUUCGGACGCUAUCUGUGCCGUCAAGCCGAUGUCGGUCAUCGGCAUCAUCAACGCUCCGCUGGUCACGGGCUCGCUGCCAGACUGUCUCGCCGACAUGCCCAACUUGAGCAAAGUCUACCUCAAGGGUCUCGACCUGGCACCGGCCCCGAUCCCGCCUGCGCUCUUCAACUUGCGGGCUACUUUCUUGUCCGUCUCGGCAGUCAAUAUGGUUGGCGAGCUCCCGCCUACCCGCCCGGCCACCUGGUCGAACCUGCGCUAUCUGGACUUCUCUGCAAACAGUCUCAGCGGAACGCUCCCUGCCUGGCUGGCCAAUACCCCUGGCAUGGCCUCCAUAUCACUCCGCGCAAACAGCUUUUCCGGCAUCAUUCCACCGUCGUAUGUCGGGAACCCAGCGCUCGCGCACGUCGAUCUUGCCAUGAACCUCCUCACGGGAACGAUCCCGGACAGGUUCUCGGCAAAUGCCUCCCUCAGCACCUUUGAUCUUUCUUACAACUCGCUUCACGGCGAGCUUCCGCCAUCGCUCACCCUCGCUCUUUGCGCAUCGCUCGGGAACCUCACGCUCAGCUCAAACAGGCUAACCGGCUCGCUGGAUGGCCUGUUUCCUCCCUCGUGCUCUGCUGUCCACAUUGACUUCUCGGACAACAAGCUCACCGGUCCCAUCCCCCCGGAGCUGGGCGACUGCGCCGCUCUUGUCGGCCUCUUUCUUCGGUCGAACAACUUGACGGGGCAAGUUCCGGCAAGCAUCGGAAGCCUCGGCUCGCUCUCGCUCCUCGACCUCUCCAACAAUGCCAUCAACGGCCUUGACUGGAACGUCGACGAACAGCCGUCACUGAAGUUCCUCUCACUUCGUGCCAACGCACUCGCUGCGCCACCGAUUGUCUUCUACGUCGAGGCUCUCUUCCUCUCACAGACGCAGUUUGUCUGCAAGUGGACUGCAAAUCUCCGUUUCCUGGACGUGAGCGCCAAUCCGCGUGCAUUUGGCGGCUCUUCGCUUCUUCAGGCGCUGACUCGCAUGAUGCGUGCACCACCCGGCGCAGUGGCCAGCAACUGGCCGUUUUGCGUCGACGCCGGACGGACUAGCAUUCAUCGGCGGCCAGCUCGCAUCGGACACUCUGCUCCUCUUCCCUCGAUCUCUUACCUGGAUUUGUCGAGCAACAGGCUCGAGGGUCGACUUCCGCGCACUGCCCUCGCUUCAUCGUUCAACCUGCCGUACGGCCUCUCCACCCUCGAUCUCUCCGACAACGACUUUGUCGGCAGCAUCCCGCUUUCGUUUGCCGUUGCCCUCGCCACCAAUCUCCGCUUCCUCUCGUUGCAUGGUAACGCCCGGAUGAUAGCGAGCGUCACUCCGGUCGAGUCGUUCCUCGUGCCGGACCCGGUUACCGAGCGCAAGUUCCCGCUGGAUCACUACGCGUGUCCCGGCCUCACUGACUCCUCACGGCGCUCGGUCGUCUCCAUCGACCCGUCCUACUACCGCUAUCAGCUCUGCUCAUGCAUCCAAGGCUACACCGGAGUUGUCUCGGCCUCUCCAAACGCCACCACUGGGUGUCGGACCGCCGUCUCAUACUGCUCCGACGGCAGGCUUUGUGCCACCACGGCCGCCAGCUCGCGCGCCGUUCAGCCCGCCGUCGGCUACUGGCCGGCGCCGCAGUCCUCGGCCGCCUCAGCCUUUGUGCCGUGCACCUCAACCGUCAACAUUCACCGGACCUCGGUUUGCAACCCGUUUGGAAACGUGACUUGCGUGCCGUACGCCACCGAGCCCGACACCGUCCGGCUCAAUUGCACUGGUGACCUUUGCCUGCCGGGCUACUACGGCCGGCUCUGCUCGCAGUGUGCCGACGGCUACUUUUACUACAUCCAAGGCGAGUGCCGCCACUGCAGCUCGGCCGCGUCGAGCAAGAUCAACGCCGUCACCUCGUCGCUCAUGAUCACUGCUGCACUUACCGCCUUGAUUGUUCUCCGCGCCCGCGAGCAGAACCCGAUGCGGGCCAAGCGCCGCGCGGCGUACCACCGCAACCCGUCGAUCCCGCUCUUUCUUCGCACCUACUGGCGAGAGCUUCUUCUUGUCGGCAUCCUCGUCGGCUGCAUCACCGUUGCCGCAGCCUCGUAUGCGAUGUCCACAACCGCCCUCAUGGUUGAGCUGUUUCUCUUUGUUGUAGUCUCUUUUCACUUUCUGGUCCGCUCCUCGCUCCCUCUUGACCUCGAAGCUGCCAAGACGUCUGGCAUCGGCACCGCCGACCUCCGAACCCCGCUCAUGGCGAACCCGAUCAACGAGUCGACUCGCACAGGCACUGUCGAUGCUCACCAGAGUUUUGGAGGCUUUCUCGGCGACAUUCCGUUGUGGGAAGUCCGCCAGACGCUCGCGGUCAACUCGGGCUUUUACAAGGUCACCACCAUCUGGUUCCAGACCAUGAACGUAAUUACGCUUCCGAUCACUCUCCCGCAACUCUUCUCGUUCUUUCGCGUCUUCAACAACGGCAUUUUCAUUGUCACGCCCAGUAUCUGUUCGCGCACGUCGUUUGCCAGCACAUAUCCCACCAUUCUUGUCCUCGUCAUGUUGGGGCCGCUCAUCUACGCCGCCUUUGCGCUACUUGUUUUUGGCGUGUACGCCUGCUGGCUCGUUGUCCGUGGCUGGUGGCUGCGGCGCAGCGUACGGCACCGUCAGGAUGCCCAAGCGCUUGCCGGGGCCAUCUACACCAGGAUUACGACCCGCCUCCACCGGCUGUUAUGGCUCAUCAUCUCCAUCUUGAUUGCCAUCCUGUACAUGGUCUACUUUCCCGUUCUUGGCAUCUACCUCUCGCUCUUUUCGUGCGACUCGUCGGGCGUGCCGGGUGACGGCGAUUUGUACAUGCGCGCCGCGCCGUGGAUCCGCUGCUCGCGACAAGAGCACGACUACGUCCGUAUGGCGUGGUGGGGGACGGGGGCCAUGAUUGUGUACACGAUUGCCCUUUUUUACGCUCACGGCGUUGUCUUCUAUGCCGCGCAAACGGGCGCCCUCGACUCGCUUGCCGUCCGCACCAAGUACUCGAUCCUUUACGAGUCAUUCCGGCCGGGCGCAUGGUGGUUCGAGAUGUUUUUCACCGCCCGGCGCAUCUUUGUCACGGUCGUGCUCUCGAUCACGGCGCCGACCUCGUCGUUUGGCCCGCUGGCGGUGGUCUCUGUCCUCGGUGCCGAGCUUGCGCUCCAGGGCUGGUGGGCGCCGUUCUCGACCUCGCUGGUCAACCUCGCCGAGCUUGUCUCGCUCGUCUCUCUCAUCGUGGCGGUGCUCCUUGUCCAGGCCGAGCUGCGACUGUUUUCGUCGGCGGACCAGGUGAGCAACUUGUCGUCGACCGACAUCGGAACGCUCGACCACAUCAUCGUUGUCGUCAUCUCGUUUGUGUUCCUGCUGUUCAUUCUCCUCGCCAUCCUCGCCAACCUGCGACUGCUGCCGUGGAUUCGAAAGCGAAACUGGUGGGUCAUGACCGUGCUCGGCCUUGGUGUCACCGCCGACGGCAAGGGCGGCGUGUCGCCGGCGUUGCGCGCGGGCGCCACCACUGCCUCUCGCGACGUUGCCCAUCUCCUUGUCACCGAUGACGAGCUCCAUGCCACCCCGUUGUUCCACGGCGAGUCGUCGGCCCUUCGCGACGUCACCUCUGAGACUACCAAUCUCCGCAAUGAGAUCGACAGGCUCCAGGCCGAACUCACCCAGCGCGAUCGCAACCUGUUCCGCGUGCACAUCUCUCACGAGGCGCAGCUCAGUGUGCUCCGCGACCAGCUCGCCGCCGCGAAAAGUGCUGCAUGCUCGUCACCGCCUUCGCCGACGCCGCCAUCACUCUAA